AUGGUCAAGACGUUCUUCUUUGUGGUUUUUCUGGCUGUUCCGAUUUCGGGCCUCAAUUUUCUAGUCUAUUCUCCGCUUUUUGCUCACAGCCAUACGGUCUACUUGGCUACUCUUGCUGAUACUUUGACCAAUGCUGGACAUAAUGUGGUAAGAAAACUUUCUACCAAAAACGAGCAAAAAAAACUAUCCUAUUAAGAAAUUUGAAAAAAAUUUUUUUACUUCUUUUUUUCAUGCUCUAUCGGGACCGGGAAAAAGUUUUUUUCAAAAUGAAGUAUCUUCUCCCACUCAAAAAAAAAACGUAUCAAACAAACUGAUAUUUUUUGUACGAUUUCCGAAAAUGUCGCAAUUCCAAAAACAUAUGAUGUAAGUUCAAAUAAUUUUCAGACUUUCUUUGCACCUCUUAUCCAUUCCAAGUUACGAGCCAAGCUGUGCGUGAAAUCUACAAAAGAUGUCAUUCUCGUCGAGGUUUUUAUUUUUUUUUUGGAAAGGAAAAUGUAUUCACCGCUUUUGUGAAGCCUGAUUGCAAAAUCUCAACUUUCCCAUAUAUCAGUCAAGAAGAAACCUUUAAAAAAAUUCCAGAAAUCUGUUGCGAAAAAGAUAUAACUUGUACUACGAACGUUAAUAAAUUCUCAAACCGUACUUUUUUUCUUUUCUUGUUAGAUCGAAACAUUAUCAAUUCCAGAACGAUGACUACAUGGAAAAUGUUCAAAAGAACAUUGAUGCCGUUGAUUUCGGCCGUCUCUGGGUCGAUCCGAACGGCGCGAGAAUGCUUUUGGGGGUACAAACGGUAUUUUUACUUAAAUCAAAAAAUUUCAGCUCGCGGAACACUUUCAAAAAAUGUUUCUCCGGAGCUGCAAACGUUUGUUUCCGAACAGGAUUGAAAAAAAAAUUCUUUUCAAUUUCAGUUCAACUGGAAAACAAAAUAGUGAUGGAAUCAUUGCGCUCGAAAAAAUUUGACGUGAUCAUUAUGGAGCCUCUAACAACUUGUGCUGUUGGUGAGCGCAUAGAAAAGGUAUUUAGGAAAAAAGACCUUUUAGGAAUAAAGAAAUACCUGAACAUUCCAACGAUGCUACUCGCGGUUCCUUUGACGCACAUGGAACUGGUUUCCUACUACUUGGGCGAACCCAUCGCCCCGAGUUACGUACCCGGAAAGUACUCGGCUUUUUCUCAUGGGACUGAAAUAUUUCAGGCGUUUAUUCGGACCAACGAAGCGAGAUGAACUUGAUACAAAGGAUGAAGAAUACGGUGUCCAUUUUCUUGGGCAUACAAUUGGUCAAAGGAAAGAUGGACGAAGAGCAACAGCUGGCCAGUCAACUAACUGGAUUGAAAGUCCCUGGUCUUGUGGUUAGUUCAAUUCCAGAACUAUUCAAAAGAAAAAGAACGAACGCGAAAAUAUUCAGAGCUUUAAAAUUUGAUUUUCAGGAUGUUUUAGCGAGAAUUGCAAAAAAAGUUUGCUCUAAUAAUAAUAAUGGAGGUUUGAAAAUACAUUUUGAAACAAACAACUUGGUCAAGAAGAAAAUGCGUUCGACAGAGAAGUGGAAAAAAAUUCAAAAUUUCGAUUUAAAAAAGAAGACUCUCAGAAGUUGGUGACCAAAAGAGAAAACUUAUUUUAAAAAAUGAGAAAACUUUUCAACCAGAAAAAUUUUGCGCGUCACCGUGUAGUAUUGCGUCGUUCUGCAGCUUCAGGAAAUUUAAUUCGGAAAUAAAAUAAAAUCUCUUUUUGGGAAAAAAACAAUUUUUUUGAAAUUGUGUUUCUUUUUUCCUCGCUACAUUUUCAUGAUAUUUAUAGGACGUGAUACACGAGUCGCCGUUCGUUUUCACUAAUUCCAACCCUUUAAUCGACUACCCACGGCCGAUAAUCCACAAAACAGUAGCUAUCGGUGGAAUUACUGUCGACGUUGAAGAAAUUCGCACCCGCAAGCUCGACCAGGUUUUUCUUUCGAGAAAAAAUUUGUUUUAAUUUGUUUGAUCGUGAAACACAGAAAUCCCAGCGCUUGAUUUACUUUCUUUUUUAGUAUUCACUCAAUAAAAGUAAUUUCUAGAAAUGGGAUGCAAUUCUAAACCUUCGACCUAAAAAUGUCCUCGUAUCUUUUGGGUCAAUGGCAAAGUCGGUUCUGAUGCCGCCUUCUCACAAGUUAGACUUUCAUUUUUUUUUUUUUCAAUGACCGCUCUUAGAAAAGCUAUAAUCGAGACGUUCCUCGAAUUUCCUGACGUUACCUUUAUCUGGAAGUAUGAAAGCGACGACAUCGAGUUUUCCUCCUCUGCAACGAACGUCCAUUUCACAAAAUGGGUACCUCAAGUCGAACUAUUGGGUUUUUUUUUAUUGAGAAAACAAAAAAACCAUAAAAGGAAAAUUUCCAGCGGACUCCAGGUUGACAGCUUUCGUGACUCAUGGAGGCGUUGGUAGCACAACUGAAUUUGCUCAUUUGGGAAAACCAGCCGUCAUGGUUCGUUUUCAAACUGAUUUUGGGAACUUUAGACUUGCAUGGCUAAAUAUGAUUAAUUUAUUCUUGUCUUCAUAACAUUUUUUUAUUAAUUCUAAAAUGAAAAAAAAUAAUAAGAAGGUGUAGAACGACGCCGACCAAUUUUUUUAUUCUGAAAAUGUACUUUCUGUUUUGCCUUAAAAAAGACAAAGAAAUAAGGUUUUUUUAAGCUUAUUCAAAGGUUGAAACGGAUAACUGAACGAACUAAAACUCACGAAAUGACCAUAAAAUACACACUAGUUGGCGAAGUUCUACGGAGGCCAUGAAAAGGUAAAAAAAAUUUCCCGCUUUCAUCCAUAAAUGAUAAAUGACCUAAUAUUGCUCCCUAAAUUCUCAUCAAUCUGGAUGGAAGACUCUUAAAGAAAGUUCUGUUUAUGGAAAACUCUCUUUUGACUUUUAAAAUCAGUUUUGAGUCAUUUACCAUUUUUGGAUGAACCACGGUAAAUCCAUUCACCAUUUUCUUAAAUACGGCUUUGAAUUUUAAUUUGCUCCCAUUUCUCAGAGCUUUCCAGGUUCCUGUGUUCGGAGACCAGCCGCGCAACUCCUACAGCAUGGAACGACACUCGAAUGUGGUCGUCGUGCGAAAGUUUGAGCUGGCCGAUAAGAGCGUCUUAAUCGACGCCAUCGGUCGGGUCAUUAACGAUAAAACGUAGGAAAAGCUGAUCUUUGAAUGAAAGUGGGCUUCAUCAGAUACACGGAAAACGCCUUGAAGCUGGCCGAAAUGUUGGAGAAACAGCCGAAUCGGCCCAAAGACUCUUUCGUUCGACAUGCUGUUUUUGCGGCAACGUUGGUUCAUGGAACAGUUUUUAUAUCGUGUUCAAUGUGAUUCCGCGAAAUUUGAAAUAGCCGUCAGGAAGAGAUAACUAAAUUUUGGAGAGUCAGAGAUUAUUUUAAAUUUCGCAGAAAUUACGCGGAACACGGCAUUAGCAAUAUAUAGUCCGUUCAGAUUUUGAAUGUCAAGUCGAAUGACGUCAUUCGAAAACGAUCUGUGGAUGGCUCGCUCUCUAAUUGGUUUAUCGCGCCAAAAGGGGCGGAGCUUGAGCGAGUACUUGACAUUUGAAAUCUGAACAUAUAGAAGGCACUUUGAAAAAAAAUAGCAUUUUUUUCAUGUUUUGAAACCGUCUGGUAUGUCUGUGCUCUAUUUUCUCUUUUAACAGAAAAAAGUGGUAGUAGUUUUUUUUUUUAGUUUUCGAGAGAAAAAAUGCUUCUAGUUAAGAAGUAUAAAGCGUAUUAUUCGUUACAUUUUUAACGAGUUUUAAACUUAGCCGUUUUUUCAUGUUUUCAUUAUUUGAAGAAGUUCUCUCUUCAGAUUUGGAAACAUGAAAAGCUUGGAUCCUUACGGCAGACAAUUGAACUUCCUGCAAUAUUUCCUUAUCGAUAUUCUGCUUAUCGUUGUCAUCACCACCGGCGGCUCUCUUUUCUUGUAA